AUGCCGCUGGCCCAGCUGGCGGACCCGUGGCAGAAGAUGGCUGUGGAGAACGCCUCCGACGCCGCUGAGAAUGGACAGCAAAUUAUGGAUGAACCAAUGGGAGAAGAGGAGAUGAAUCCCCAAAUGGAAGAAGGCAGCAUCAAAGAAAUUGCAAUCACACAUCAUGUCAAAGAAGGACAUGAGAAAGCAGACCCUUCUCAGUUUGAACUUCUGAAAGUCCUAGGGCAGGGAUCUUUUGGGAAGGUAUUUCUUGUAAAAAAAAUCUCAGGAUCUGAUGCUCGCCAGCUUUAUGCAAUGAAAGUAUUAAAAAAGGCCACACUAAAAGUUCGAGAUCGGGUUCGGACGAAGAUGGAACGUGAUAUCCUAGUAGAAGUUAAUCAUCCCUUUAUUGUUAAAUUACAUUAUGCUUUUCAAACAGAAGGGAAGCUGUACCUUAUUUUGGAUUUUCUCAGGGGAGGAGAUUUGUUUACACGCUUAUCCAAAGAGGUGAUGUUCACAGAAGAAGACGUCAAAUUCUACUUGGCUGAACUUGCACUCGCUUUAGAUCAUCUGCAUAGUCUUGGAAUAAUCUACAGAGACCUAAAACCCGAAAACAUACUGCUUGAUGAAGAAGGCCAUAUCAAGUUGACAGAUUUUGGCUUGAGCAAAGAGUCCAUUGACCAUGAGAAGAAGGCCUAUUCCUUCUGCGGAACGGUAGAAUAUAUGGCUCCCGAAGUAGUUAAUCGACGAGGUCAUACCCAAAGCGCAGAUUGGUGGUCUUUUGGUGUUCUAAUGUUUGAAAUGCUCACUGGUACUCUACCUUUCCAAGGGAAAGACAGAAAAGAAACCAUGACGAUGAUCCUUAAAGCCAAACUUGGAAUGCCACAGUUUCUGAGUCCUGAAGCUCAGAGUCUUUUGCGCAUGCUUUUCAAGCGAAAUCCGGCGAACAGAUUAGGAGCAGGUCCAGAUGGAGUUGAAGAGAUUAAACGCCAUGCGUUUUUCUCCACAAUAGACUGGAAUAAAUUAUACAGAAGGGAAAUUCUUCCACCUUUUAAACCUGCAACAGGCAGACCUGAAGAUACGUUUUAUUUUGAUCCUGAAUUUACAGCCAAAACUCCCAAAGAUUCCCCUGGAAUUCCCCCCAGCGCUAAUGCACACCAGCUCUUCCGGGGUUUCAGUUUCGUCGCCAUUACUUCAGAUGACGACAACCAAGCCAUGCAGGCGGUCGGAGCACAUUCAAUUGUUCAGCAGUUGCACAGGAACAGCAUUCAGUUCACCGAUGGCUAUGAAGUAAAAGAAGACAUCGGAGUCGGCUCGUAUUCCAUUUGCAAGAGAUGUAUACACAAAGGCACAAACAUGGAAUAUGCUGUUAAGAUUAUUGAUAAGAGCAAGAGAGAUCCAACGGAAGAAAUCGAAAUCCUUCUCCGGUAUGGUCAGCACCCAAAUAUCAUCACUCUAAAAGAUGUGUACGAUGAUGGAAAAUAUGUAUAUGUGGUAACAGAGCUUAUGAAAGGAGGUGAGCUGCUGGAUAAAAUUCUGAGACAGAAAUUUUUCUCCGAAAGAGAAGCCAGUGCCGUGCUGUUCACAAUAACGAAGACUGUGGAGUAUCUUCAUGCACAAGGGGUGGUGCAUAGAGACCUGAAGCCUAGCAACAUCCUUUACGUCGAUGAGUCCGGUAACCCGGAGUCUAUUCGCAUCUGUGACUUCGGCUUUGCAAAGCAGCUAAGAGCAGAAAAUGGUCUUCUGAUGACUCCGUGCUAUACCGCAAAUUUCGUUGCUCCAGAGGUUUUAAAAAGACAAGGCUACGAUGCUGCUUGUGAUAUAUGGAGUCUUGGUGUCCUCCUCUAUACAAUGCUCACUGGCUACACUCCUUUCGCCAAUGGUCCAGACGACACCCCAGAAGAAAUUCUGGCACGAAUAGGCAGUGGGAAAUUCUCCCUCAGCGGUGGUUACUGGAAUACAGUUUCGGACACGGCAAAGGAACUAGUUUCAAAGAUGCUUCAUGUCGAUCCCCAUCAGAGACUGACAGCUGCCCAGGUGCUCCGACAUCCCUGGAUUGUUCACUGGGAUCAGCUGCCUCAGUAUCAGCUCAACAGACAGGACGCGCCACAUCUGGUUAAGGGGGCCAUGGCAGCCACGUACUCUGCUCUGAACCGCAAUCAGUCACCGGUUUUAGAGCCCGUAGGCCGCUCGACCCUUGCUCAGCGACGAGGUAUCAAGAAGAUCACCUCCACGGCCCUGUGAAGUGACCUCAGCCGGAUCCCCCGUUGCCACGGCGUCCGACGUCAGCACAAAUCACGGCAACAGGUAGCACAUCCCGGAGCGAUCCCCGCAAGCACACUCCGCCCCAGCUGGCUCCCAGGCUGCUGCUGCUCUUGUCUCGUCUCGUCUCGCUUUCGGUGAUCGUUGGCCAAGCUCCUGACUCCUCCCGGAGCCGCGGACGGAGUGGGAAGCGGAAUCGCGAUGAAGAGGGACGGUCACCGAAAUCAUCUAGAACGGUCACGAGCACCACCUCUGUCAUUUAAAAAAACAAAAACAAAAAAAAAAAUACACUGAAUAAAGCACUCGGCGCCGUAUAGCAUUAUUUUUCUAGGGAGUAUUUCUCGCCUCCGAAAACGUUCCUCGUCAGCUUUAGGAGUGGACCGUUUAUGUUAAGCACUUAGCUUAAACAAUCCGUUUAGAAUAGCACUGUCGACUCUGUGCCAUCCAACAUUUUGUAUGUUUUUGUAAACAGUUCACAUACAGUACAUUUCUGUACUAUUUUCUUUAAUGUAUACAUGCCUUGUUUGACUUGGAGUUUAUUAAUCAAUCUGGCAAUUAAAUCUGGUUGGACAGUUCUGAGACAGCCUGAUUGUUGAACAGCUAUUGAAUGUAAUAUGAUGAAAAUGUAAUCACCUUC